AUGUCAUCACGUAUCGCCUCAACACCGCCGUUAGCCGUGCCACCGUUUCAUCCGGCUCUCUACACAGUGAACCGUAAAUGGUCCCACAACGGCAAGCUAACGAUUCCGGACCUGGUACCGUCAGCAUCGUCUCGAAAUGAUGAACAGGAAACCGAUAUCGACGGUGAGGAAUGGGAUAAAGUACGUGAAAUGCUAGGGCGUAUCCUAGCCCCUCAAGUGGUUCGCGUCGGUCCUACAGAAGCCGACAUUGCCUGGCAGCAACUGGAUACCUCAGAGGCUGCCGCUCCUGGAGGUCCAUUCCCUCAAAUCGAUGCCUCCGAAUUCACCUAUCAAAUUGUGCUGUUUGAGAACCAUGGUAGAUUCGUUAGUACGUACAGGUGUGUUUCGCGCGGGAUCGAUCAUCUUGUUGUUGCAUGGCGACCGCCUAACGACAACGGUGCUAGCAUAUCGAACUAUACCGUGUAUAUCAGUAAGCCAUCGGAGGAUGUUGGCGAGAAGGUAUGGGAGGGAAGGUUGUGUGAGGCACGUAUCACGAAUCUGCGACCUGCCACCUCAUACAGGCUUCGAGUAACGGCUGCGAAUCGUAUCGGUGAGAGUUCUGAAGCGGCGCCGAUCGUUGUCACGACGCGGAGUGAUUGUCCUCCUCCAGCACCUCCUCCACCGAAUGUGGUUUCUGUGAAUGCCCGUUGUGUGAAGCUAGCUUGGAGUAAUAAUCCGGAAUGUACUUACACGGUUGAAAUGCAUGAUGUCGCCGCAGGGCCGAACGCUAUCACGGUCGUGAAGGAUCGCGUUGGUGGUGCUAGUGCCCAAAUCAUGGACCUAAAAGCUGGUAGCGAAUAUCGUUUCCGAGUUAUCGCACACAAUGCCGAAGGCGAGUCACCGCGCUCUGACUGGACGUAUGUGCGUAUGACAGGCCGAGGCACUCCUGAUCGGGUUCUUGAACCCACGAAACCGUUGGCUGUUGCUCGAGGUCGUAAUAAAUUUGACGUCUCUUGGAAGUGCCCUGGAGCGAAGGAACGUGAGUUCACGUAUGUGCUAGAGGGCUCUACCGCGAAUCAACCGAAUCGUUUUCGUGUUUUGUACCGUGGACCGCUUAGUACUCAUACAGUAACCGAUGAGGAUAUUGUCCAUUUACGCGUUCAGAGUAUCAACAGGAAGAAUGUUGCGGUACGUGCUGUUGUCAUUGCCCAAGAUGGUUCACGCUAUGAAGGUGAUUGGAGUCCAGUCACUGGUGGGAACGCUCCUCGUGAUGCACCAAGCACACCUACCGAAUUGGCUAUCAACAGCGAGAGGACGACGCUCACAUGGAAAGCUCCGGAGUCGUCGCCAGAUAUCCGUUAUCGUGUGCACUGCAGCCAAGUGAUGAGUGGCCACGAGACCGAGGAGACCGUGAGCGAAACCGGCGAAUGUCACUACUCAUUAGCAUUACUCGACCACGCUAAGCAGUUCACAUGCAGAAUGGUACGUGAGAUUUCCAUCAGCCCACCGGCCAGCUCAGGUUCAUGCGAGUACCGUAUAGCAGAUCUGCAAGCGGAUACUGACUACAGAGUUGAGCUGUCCGCUGAAAACGCUGUCGGAUGUGGCAUAGCAGCCGCAAUCACUGGAAGAACACGUCCACCUCCACCGGACCCACCAAAGCAUACUGGAACAGGACCGUGGUCGUCGGUGUACGCGUUCCGUACAGCACUCAGUCCACCGCCGGCCGUCAAAGGACCACCCACAGCCACCCCAAGCGGUGAUGGUUACUAUCAACUCGAAUGGUCGUCAGUCAUCACUAAACCGAACACAAAGAAAUGCUUCUAUCGCCUGCAAGCUGUUGAUUGUUCCAUCGAUAAUGCUAAAUGGAUGACGGUUUAUGAAGGCACACUUCCUUCCCACACUCUACGCCUUUCCGACUAUCCAUCAGCAGUGCAGGCACGUGUGAUGUGCGUAAGACCAGAAGGUGACAGUGAAAUCUCCUCACCACCGAGUCCAAUCGUAUACAUGGCGAAUCUUCCCUUGGACAACGAUGUUCAGCCAAUCCAAGAAAAGAAAGUCGAUGCGAUUCCGGUUGUGCGCUGGUGGACAAUGCAAUGCAGCUUGACCACUAUUAUGGUGGUGCUCUUCAUUGUUGUGUCAUUCACAAUGGCAUUGUUCUUUGAUUCGAUGUUCAAUCUAUAUGUGCCACCGAAUGCUGUUCACGGGGUACGCGAAGACAAUGCUGAUUCACUCGAGUCAUCCCGUGCAACCUAG